AUGUUGAUAUUUUUUCUGAUACCAAUUUCAAUAAUCACUGCCAACUCUUAUUCAAUAGAAGAUCAUGUUCUGACAAAGUGAUUUUUCAAAUGUAUUUGAACUUUGAUACAGAAUUUUGUUUACAGAGUGGUAAAUAAUUCGAUCAAAUCUUGUGAUGAUUUCUUCCGACAUGUUUGUGGGAUCGAUUCUGCUGAUGAUAUUCGAACAUUUGUUGAACCCAUUUUGAAAGAGGAGCUAGAAAAUAUCACCGUAUUUGAUGAUGUUUCACAGUAUCUGGUAAUUUUUUAUUCUUAAAAUUUUUUUUUAGUAAUUUUUCAGUUUUUUUUAGGUUGAACUUAUUAAAUGUUCAAGUGCAAGUGUUGAGCCAACAUUCUUCUUUGAUGAAAUGAAACUGGAAUUUGAUCAAUCGUAUGUGAUCUUAAGAAAAAAUAUUUCAAAAUUAUAACUUUUCAGUUGUAAAAAUGGAACGGAGCAACAAUAUUUGACAGGCUUGAAAAAAUUUCUUCCCGGUGGAAUACAUACUGAAAUUAUGGCUGACUGUGAAAAGCGGAAUGAACUGGAUUUUGUUCUACAAGAAAUUCAAAAUAAAUUGGUACGCUUUAUUUGUUUCGAAUUUAUCCAGCAAUUUUUUUUUCAGUAUCAAAAUCAGCAGACUGAAUGCACCCAAAAAUCAAUGAAUCAAACUGCUUGGCUUUGGAUGUAUAGAAAUUUUGAUAGUAUCAAAAAAUUGAAUAAUCUUGUGACAGAUAUCAAAAAAAUGUACAUUUCCUGGAUUGCGAAGACUCCAUGGAUCAAAAAACAUAAUCUUGUUGAAUCAUAUCAGAAACUUGUGAACACAACAGCUCUGGUAGAUAUUGAUCCGCUUUAUCAAAUUAUUGCGAUUGGUGGAGAGUACAAAAAAUGUCUAGAGAAUACAACGACUUGGCUAUCAAAUCCACAAUUGAGAAAUAUUAUAUGUCUUCAGCUUACAAAUAAAGGAAGUCGUGUGGGUAAAUUGCUUGGAGGGAUCAGUGCAAAAAUUUCAAGGUAUCAAUUUAUUUCUUUAUCAAUCGCCUUUUAUGUGAUAGUUUCAAGAACCAAUUCGGAUUCAUUCUUGGUGAUUUUACAUACAUAUUAUUUUCUUAUCCUAUUUUAUUUAUUUUUUCUACAGAUUGGCCAAAUGGGAACUAUUCUUGCUCAUGAAAUAGCACAUGUUAUUAUUCAAAGUGAUGUUGAUGAAACAUUGUUUUUCUCUGAUUCGGUGCAACAAUGUAUUCAACAACAAUACAACAAAUCGUGUUCUUAUUUUCCAGAGGUAAAUGAAACAUUUAAUUUAGCAAAUCAUUCAAUUUUCUGAAUAGGGAUAUUGUGUGCCAAAUUAUGAUCGGUUAGAUGAAAAUGGUUCUGAUCUUCUUGCUGGUCACGCGGUUGCACAUUAUAUUGAAGAAAGAAUUAGUUCUGAAUUCCUGAAAUCAAUUAACAAAUUUUCCGGAAAGUUGAGAAAUGAUCAAUUGUUUUUCUAUGGACAAGCAUCAGGUAUAUGCAUUGUGAGUUUUAACUUGUUAAAAACCUUGGUUUCACAAAAAUGAAAUCAUUUUUCAGAAAUCAUUCAAAGAUGGUGGGGAUACUCGGCAUACACCAUCUCGUGCUCGAUUCAACGCCAUUGCUAUUCAAAAUCCAGGAUUUCAAAAGGCAUUUGAUUGCAGUGCAGAAUCAGCCAUGAUAAAAUCGUUCAACGUGAGUUGAUGGAUUUGACAUACCAGUCUUGUUUUUCUUUCAGGAAAAAUGUUAUGUCCUUGGAGAACAAGCGCCAUUACAGAAAAAAUGA